CUCUCCGGUCCUUUCCCUGAAGGUCUUACUUACUUUCCAUUCCUUCAGUCAGUGUCUCUGGCUUGGGGCAACCUUCGUGGUUCGCUUCCGACGGAGAUUGUCGAAAUGAAGCACUUGGUUAACAUCGAAUUACACUACAACAAGUUCACUGGGGAAGUUCCACUCGAAUGGUGGCGCGCUCGCAAUUUGGUCCGGAUCAACCUGGCCGAGAACAGCAUCGAAGGUGAAAUUCCACCAGAAAUAAAGAACCUCGAAGAUGUGAAGGGGCUGUUCCUGUCUGAGAACUUGUUCCGAGGGACAUUGCCUGACGAGAUAGGGGAUCUCAGUAGUGUUUCGUUCUUCCGAUUGUCCCGUAAUUUAUUGGAAGGAACCCUGCCGACCACUGUUGGUCAGAUGAGCCAGCUUGGGGAGAUUUGGUUACAUCGCAACUAUCUGACGGGAGCGUUACCAACCGAGAUUGGGAAUCUUUCCAAAUUGGCGCGUCUUCGAUUGCAGUUCAACAGCUUUCGUGGUGAACUUCCCGGACAGCUGUAUGGACUUACAUCGCUGGAUCGCUUAGAUUUGUACAACUGCAACUUCACGGGCACAAUCAGUCCGGCUAUUGGCAACCUUACAAACAUGAGUUUCCUACGGCUGCACGAUAACAACUUUUUUGGAGGCAUCCCCACGGAGCUUGGUCAGCUGUCCGUCCUGUCAUCGUUGAUGUUGCAAGGAAACCAGUUGACUGGCGCAAUUCCAGACAGCAUC